AUGACUACAACUGUCGAAUUAACAGAAUCAUCAGUCAGUGAUGAUAGAAAUAUUGUCAGUGUAGAUGAAUUACAAAAUUUUGGUAUAAAUGUCUCUGAUAUUCAAAAGUUGAAAAGUUCUGGAGUGUAUACAGUUAACACUGCUCUUUCCACCACUAGAAGACAUCUUUGUAGGAUUAAAGGGUUAAGUGAGGUGAAAGUGGAAAAGAUUAAGGAAGCAGCAGGUAAAGUGAUUAAAGUAGGGUUUGUUUCUGCAACUGUUCAACUUAACAUUAGAAAAAAUGUGUUUGCUUUAUCUACUGGUUCAAAACAAUUAGAUUCUAUCCUUGGAGGUGGUAUUAUGACAAUGAGUAUUACGGAAGUAUUUGGUGAAUUCAGAUGUGGGAAGACGCAAUUAUCUCACACAUUAUGUGUAACCACUCAAUUACCUAAGGAAAUGGGUGGUGGUGAGGGGAAAGUCGCUUAUAUUGACACAGAAGGAACUUUUAGACCUGAAAGAAUCAAACAAAUUGCCGAAAGAUACGAAUUGGAUCCAGAUGCUUGUCUGGAAAACGUUACAUAUGCUAGAGCUCUUAAUAGUGAACAUCAAAUGGAAUUAGUAGAAGCUCUUGGAGAAGAAUUAAGUUCUGGAGAUUAUCGAUUGAUAAUUGUUGAUUCUAUUAUGGCAAACUUCAGAGUUGACUAUUGCGGACGUGGCGAGCUUAACGAAAGACAACAGAAGUUGAACCAACAUUUAUUUAAAUUGAAUAGAUUAGCAGAAGAGUUUAACAUUGCAAUUUUCUUAACUAACCAAGUUCAAUCAGAUCCCGGUGCUUCGGCAUUAUUUGCUUCAGCAGAUGGACGUAAGCCUGUUGGUGGUCAUGUUUUAGCACAUGCAUCUGCCACAAGAAUAUUGUUACGUAAAGGUCGCGGUGAGGAAAGGGUAGCUAAAUUACAGGAUUCCCCUGAUAUGCCUGAAAAGGAAUGUGUCUAUAUUAUUAGUGAAAAUGGGAUAACAGAUUCCAAUGAUUAG